AUUUACAUAAUACUGGGAGUGUGAGUGCCACGUUGUUGCGGUCUUUGCGGUGCCUGUACGCUCGCAUUAAUGUGAGUUCACUCCCAGUCUCUAGCGGAGGCAAGUGUUAGAUUGUCUGCACUGGGAGAGGCAAGGCGAGACGAGACGAGACGAGGGGAAGGGAUUAGUAUAGCUUUAAAAAGAAAAAAAAAAACACCUUGUCUCUGGCCUCUGGAAUAUAACAUUAGCCGCAUUUCACCAAAAAAUGCUCACCGAUAUGAUGGUAGAAGAGGAAUUUGAGAUCAGCGAGGACGAACCGUGGUAUGAUCAUCAGGACUUGGAGCAUGAUUUGCACCUGGCUGCCGAGCUCGGAAAAACUCUGUUGGACCGAAACAGAGAGUUGGAGGAGGGGCUUCAGCAGAUGUACUCAACCAAUCAGGAGCAGCUGCAGGAAAUCGAGUACCUCACCAAGCAGGUGGAUCUUUUGCGGCAGAUGAACGAGCAGCAUGCCAAAGUCUACGAGCAGCUGGAUGUCACGGCCAGAGAGCUGGAGCUGGCCAAUCGCAAGCUGGUCCUGGACAGCCGGGCGUCCCAGCAGAAGACCACCGAGCUGGUGGAGACGAUCGAGGGGCUGCAGGUCCAGGUGAGUGAGCUGCAGCGGCAGGUGGAGGAAAUGAAGCAGCUGAGCCAGGGGGGCUGUCUGAAGAGGGACCUGGCUGAGCAGCGACGCUCCAGCUCUGCCCAGAGCGUGUCCUGCCUCAAGGAGCUGUACGACCUUCGCAAGUACUUUGUAUAUGACCACGUGUUUGCUGAGAAGAUCACGUCGGAGCCCAGCGAGCUGAGUCAGGCGGAGGAGGAGAAUGCUGCCCUCAAGAGGACGGUGACCGCACUGCAGGGUCAGCUGAGGGCGGAGCGGGGGAAGCGGACUGCCGCUGAGCAGGAUGUGGAGCUGAUCUCCCUGGAGAACAGAGACCUGGAGCAGCGCAUCGCUGAGCUGAGCUCCUGCCGGGCCCGGGUUCGAGAGCUGGAGAGUGACGUGAAUGAGCUGCGGCAGAUGUGCAAGUCCGACUCUGCUUUCGUGAGCCGUGUGGAGAAGCUGGUGCCUGAGUCCUUCCUGAUCUCCUUCCGGGAGUCCCUGCUGGAGCGGGAGACAGGGGAGGGAGGUCCGGACCCAGCAGAGGAGAACGGGGUCCCGGAAGUCGACAAGCGGUCGCUGAAACGUAGCAGCAGUGAUACCAGCCUGAAGAGCACCAGCGAGGAGGAGAUCCGCAAAGGGCACGAGCAGACCUGUAUCCGCCGCUCCGAGUCGGUCAAACAGAGGGGCAUCUCCCUCCUGAACGAGGUGGACGCCCAGUAUAGCGCCCUCCAGGUGAAGUACGAGGAACUGCUGCGCAAGUGCCAGCUGAACGACAGUGACGGCCACAGCAAGGCCGUGCAGACUUCCCAGCGCUACUCCCGAAGCAACAUCGCCAUCGCCCUCGCCCUGCCCUCGCCCAGCGACAGCCUUCCCUGGAGCCAGCCCCCAACCCCUGAUAGCCAGCAGCCAGAGUACAAAGCCCUCUUCAAGGAAAUCUUCACCUGCAUCAAGAAAACGAAAGAGGACAUCAGCGAGCACCAGCGAGAGAAGAAUAAGCCAGUCUCCUCUUCACAAACCCAGUGAGACUAGAUAGACGAGGCUGGUUCAGCUUCGAGACAGGGUAGUAUUGUAUUUGGUUUGUCCGUCCGGUACAGAUGGGAUGAAAAGCAAUGUGUUUAAUUUCUGUUUUAUGUUCUGAAGACACAGAAUGCAGAUUGUACGGCAUCAGUGAAGGGGUUCAUAUGGCUGGAUUUCUUUUUUGGUCCCAAAAAGCUGUAUUUGCCCCUUCCUCCCUCUCCCUCAUGCAGCAUGGAUAGUCAGAAAGUCAUACAACUGUGUUUUCUUCUUUUCAUGCUCUUGUUGUGUUUUUUUGUGGUGUACUAUAUAUCGCACUUUCUUUCCACACACAGAUGAGACAAAAUUCAGGAUACCCCAACACCCUGAACUGUUUUAGUUAUUUAUUUAUUUAUUUUCCCCUCCUACUCAUUUUCUUUACUAGUUUGUCAUUGACUUGUUUUUUUUUAAAAGAGAAACAGAGUUUAAUUCUAGCUGUGAAUUGGCAAAUGACUACUGAUAAGCAUAGUGUUUUUAAAAAAAAAAAAAAAAAUUAAUACAUUCUUGUUAAAUGUAUUUUUUGCAUUUAUUUUCCAAUUCCUGUGGCUGGAAUUAUAGUAUAAUAAUGAUGCUGCCACCCUUGGAGUCUCGUCAUAGAAAUACCAAAUAAAAAGAAUAUAUAUAUAAAUAUAAUUGAGAAUUCAUUUUGCAAUUUUAGCAAAUUUAUCUUUUUUGCAAUAUUUGUUAUUGUACUUUUUUAAAGCACUUUAAGGAUUGGGGAUGCAGGACUGCUGUUAAUAAUGCUUUUGCAAAUAACAUUUUGGAAGUUGGUUCGUCCAGCUCUCCAGCCAGCCUGAUUUAACCCUUUUGUCCUAUAAUCCUUAGUGUGGUCCUUCUAGAACACAGUUUGUGUUACAUGAUCAAAUUCUAGAUAGAAAAAUGUUCAAAAACACAUUGACACAUGCUGCACCAGAACAUACACAAGGGUUCAUUUUGUUUUCUGUUUUAGCCAGUCAGGCAUGUUCUGAAUUUCGUAGCAGAGUUGGGCCCGUGUUUCUUUAAUAAAUACAGCAGGCUGCCUGAGCUCAAACUCUUUCAGUUUGGUACACACAUCUCUUUAGCUGCUUGCACAUAAGGCUGAUUCAGUUUUGGGGAAAAAAAAAUCUACAGCACCUUGACCUGUAGCACGAUGGUGCUGUUUAUGAGAUGUAAAACUUUCAGCAGACAACAUGUAUGAAAUCUCUAAGUGGGUGGAAAUGUAACGUUGAACGAAUAUUGUGUGGCAAGCAAUAGUAGGAUUCAUUUGUGAAAAAAUAGAGGAAGCAUGUUGUGGAGAAAGGUACGAUAAAGAGGAGUAGGUUUUGAGUAAGCAUUAUAAUAAAGUUGGGUGCACUGCUUCUCUAGAACAAAAUGUAUUUGACAUUAAGCUGUAGCUAAUAAGUAGGGAGACAUGCCUUGAUAAUGUGUUCAAUCCCAAAUGCGGUUCUGCUUUAUAGCUUAAGCAGUUUGUCAUAUAUAUAUAUCAGACAUAAAACUGCCAUUCAUUUUCACGUAAAAAGUAGCACAUGCUUACUGGAGUAAGUUCUGUGGAAACUGAUCUCCACUCACGGGCUGGGUAGAAACUAACAUUCAAGUGAGAAUGUGGUACUUCUGUCCUCAUUACAGCCAUGGCAUCCUUCUGAUGUCAUGUUGUUGAGAACUAAAAGCGGAGUUGAGAAAUCAGCCUUACAGU